CUAUAAGUCUGUUCUGUGGAAAUGAAUAUUUCACCAACUAAUAUUUCUGGAGGUGCCACAUCCCCUAGGAAGGGGCCACCAAAGUUCAAGCAAAGAGCGACUCGACAGUUCAAGAGCAAACCCCCCAAAGCAGGCGUGAAAGGGUUUGGAGAUGAUAUUCCUGGAAUGGAGGGGCUUGGCACAGAUAUCACUGUGAUCUGUCCUUGGGAGGCAUUCAGCCACUUGGAGCUGCAUGAACUGGCUCAGUAUGGUAUUGUUUGA